AUGCUUUUUUCCAAGGAUUCGCCGUGGAGGCGGCUGGAGGGCUUGUCGUUCAGCAUGUUCUCCUCCGAAGAGAUCAGGAAACUGAGCGUCAAAAGUAUCACCAAUUCCAUUCUGCUGGACAGCGUGGGUAACGCUGCCCCUAGUGGACUUUACGACCUGGCAUUGGGUCCAGCUGACAAUAAAGAAAUCUGCUCCACGUGUAUGCAGGACUUCAGCAACUGCCCAGGUCACUUUGGCCACGUCGACCUGCAUUUGCCCGUCUACAACCCUUUUCUGUUUGAUAAAUUGUACAUGAUUGUACGAGGCUCCUGUCUGUCCUGCCACCUGCUGACGUGUCCGAGGGCUGCUAUUCACCUGCUUCUCUACCAGCUCAAGUUAUUAGAUGUAGGAGUGGUCAAGGAAGUCUACGAGCUUGAGGUUGCCCUGAAUCAGUUUUUAGAAGGCAGUCCAAAGGCGUCAGGGAGGGAAAUCCAAGAAGCUCUAAAGGAAUUUAGUGCCCCCAUUCUCAAAGCCAACCAAGGCAGCCGUGGCUUUGAACCUGUCAAGCUGGUUUGUGAGGUGAAAUGCAGGCUAAUCAGUGACUUUUGGAGGAUCCAUAUGCGUUCAAGAAAGUGCCCCAAUUGCAAGGCUGGCAAAUCGGAAGUUCGACGAGAGCAUAACAGCAAGCUGAUUGUCACACGUUCAGGUGGCAAAGAUGACACAGGAGUUGAUGCAGAUAACAUAAACGUGGGUAAACGUGGAUACCUGACUCCAAGCCUGGCCAGAGAACAUGUUGUUAAACUGUGGGAGAAAGACGGUUUUUUCUUGAAGCACUUGUUCUCAGGCCUGGCUAUGAACAAUCCCAACGGUUUCAGCCCAGAUAUGUUCUUCUUAGAAUUGUUGAUGGUUCCUCCAUGCAGGUAUCGGCCUAUUAAUCGUUUGGGAGACCAGAUGUUUACCAAUGGUCAGACAGUGAAUAUGCAGGCGGUGAUCAAAGAUAACAUCAUCAUUCAGAAACUGCUUGCUCUCAUCGCAGCUGAGAAAGCCAGGAAGAUAGAGGAUACUCAGACAGAGCUGGAGGAGUCCGAUGAGACAGCAGAGAGCAGCCAAAUGGACCAGGCGUUCUUAGGUGGCCUGUCCGGGGUCACCCUCUCAGAAAAACUGUACAAUGUCUGGAUCCGCCUACAGAGUCAUGUCAACAUCGUGUUUGACAGUGACAUGGACAAGCUAAUGACUGAGAAGUUCCCCGGCAUCCGCCAGCUCCUGGAGAAGAAGAGUGGGCUGUUCAGGAAGCAUAUGAUGGGGAAGCGAGUGGAUUUCGCCGCUCGCUCUGUCAUCUGUCCAGACAUGUACAUCGGAACCAAUGAGAUCGGAAUACCCAUGGUGUUUGCCACAAAGCUGACGUACCCACAGCCAGUCACACCCUGGAAUGUGAAAGAGCUGCGGCAAGCCGUUCUCAACGGGCCCAACGUGCACCCAGGCGCAUCUAUGGUGAUCAACGAGGACGGCUCACGCACCAUCCUAAGCAGCUCCAACAAGACCCAGAGAGAAGCCAUCGCCAAGCAACUCCUGACACCCAGUACGGGUCAGCACCAUAUACCUAUGAAGAUUGUGAAUCGACACAUAAAAAAUGGAGAUGUGCUCCUACUCAACCGGCAACCCACCCUGCACAGGCCGUCAAUUCAGGCGCACUGUGCACGCAUCCUUCCAGGAGAGAGGGUCCUCAGGCUGCAUUAUGCCAACUGCAAGGCCUACAAUGCCGACUUUGAUGGUGAUGAAAUGAAUGCACACUUCCCCCAAAGCGAGUUGGGCCGGGCUGAAGCCUAUACACUCGUCAGCACAGACCAGCAGUACUUGGUGCCCAAGGACGGAACGCCUUUAGCUGGUCUAAUCCAGGAUCACAUAGUUUCGGGUACCAGGAUGACACUUCGUGGUUGCUUUUUCACUCGAGACCAGUAUAUGGAGCUGGUCUACAGAGGGCUUACUGAUAAAAACGGCAGGAUCAAGCUGCUCCCUCCUGCUCUCAUCAAACCGCUGAUGCUCUGGACUGGCAAACAGAUUGUAUCCACCCUCUUGUUAAAUAUCAUCCCGGAGAAACACAUCCCGCUUAACCUGACGGGAAAGGCCAAGAUCCCCAGUAAGGCCUGGUUGAAAGAGCACCCUCGACCCGUGCCAGGCUACCAACCAGACUCCAUGUGCGACUCUCAGGUGGUCAUUCGUCAUGGAGAGCUACUGGUGGGCGUGCUGGACAAAGCCCACUAUGGUAGCUCAGCUUAUGGGCUGGUGCACUGCUGCUACGAGCUCUAUGGAGGAGAGACCAGCGGCAAGCUGCUCAGCUGUCUGGCUCGCCUUUUUACUGCCUACCUACAGCUGUACCGUGGCUUUACUAUGGGUGUGGAAGACAUUUUGGUAAAACACAGGGCCAACAAACAAAGGAAGAAAAUCAUCAAGCAGUCCGUUACAUGUGGAGCCAAGGCUCUCCGAGCUGCCUUCAACCUACCUGCUACUGCUGAGGAGAGUGAAGGCAGAGACCUCUGGCAGGACGCCCAUCUGAACAAAGAUCAACGUGACUUCAAUAUGGUGGACCUGAAAUUCAAAGAAGAGGUCAACCAAGUCAACAACGAGAUUAACAAGGUGUGCAUGCCACUCGGUCUCCAUCGUUCAUUUCCUGAUAACAACCUUCAGCUCAUGGUGCAGUCAGGAGCCAAAGGUUCGACUGUCAAUACAAUGCAGAUCUCCUGUCUGUUGGGUCAGAUUGAGUUGGAGGGUCGUCGUCCUCCCUUGAUGCCUUCUGGGAAAUCCCUGCCCUGCUUCCAGCCGUAUUACCCAGAACCUCAUUCUGGAGGUUUUGUAACUGGCAGGUUUCUGACUGGGAUCAAACCUCCUGAGUUUUUUUUCCAUUGUAUGGCUGGACGUGAAGGUCUAGUGGACACUGCUGUCAAAACAAGUCGUUCUGGGUAUCUGCAAAGAUGUAUUAUAAAACACAUUGAGGGGCUGGUGGUCCAGUAUGACCUGACUGUGAGGGACAGCGACGGCAGUGUGGUGCAGUUCCUCUAUGGAGAGGAUGGCCUGGACAUACCUAAAACUCAGUUCCUGCAGCCACGCCAGUUCCCUUUCAUCAAAGACAACUAUGAGGCUAUCAGGAAGUCCACGUGUUUGGAUGAGGUGCUGGCUAAACUGGACCCACAGGCCGCAGAAUGUCACUUUCAAGCCAUCAAGAGGUGGAAGGCCAAGCGUGAGCGUGCAUCACCCAGAAAUGGUGCCUUCCUGCACUUCUCUCAGAAGAAACUGGGGAAGAUGAAGGCUCAAGCGGAAGGACUGUCUGAAACUCUAGACAAUGGAAGAGAUGCUGCCACUUUACAGGUGAUACAGAGCUGGAGAUCCCUGGAUGAUGCCCACCGGGUGAAGUAUCUAAAGAAGACAGCCCGCUGCCCGGAUCCCUGUCUAGCUGUUUUCCGACCUGAUAUUUCUUUCAGUUCUGUGUCCGAGACGUUCGACUCAAUCAUUGGAACCUACCUCAGUCAGCUCAAUGUCAAGCAGGAGUUUAACACUUCAUCUGAAACAGUUGACUGUGAGAGAUUAAGGCAUCUCUUGCAGCUUAAGUGGCAGAGGGCUUUAUGUGACCCGGGAGAGGCAGUGGGGCUGCUGGCUGCCCAGAGCAUUGGGGAGCCAUCCACACAGAUGACCCUCAACACCUUCCACUUUGCUGGCAGAGGAGAGAUGAACGUCACCCUGGGAAUUCCCAGGUUGCGUGAAAUUCUCAUGGUUGCCAGCUCCAACAUCAAGACUCCCAUGAUGAGCAUUCCAGUUUUGGACAGCAAGAAGGCCUUGAAGCGAGUGAAAACGCUGCGGAAACAGCUCACACGUGUGUGCCUGGCAGAGGUGUUGCACAAGGUAGAUGUGGUGGAGACACUUUGUAUGGAAAGCAGAAUAAAUCAGAAGCGAGUCUUCACCAUCACGUUCCACUUCCUGCCUCCAGAACGCUACCAGCAGGAGAAGUUGCUGUCACCUCAGCGGAUCCUCCGCUUCAUGGAAGACAGGUUCUUCCGUUUACUGCUGGAAGCUAUCAAGAAACUGAGUGCCAAGUUGGCCUCUAUAAAUGCAGUGGACACCCGCAAGGCCUCAACAAAAGACAGUGAUCAGGAUGUAGGGGACUCUGGGGCCAAGCUGGACGAUGGAGAUGAGGAUGCCGAGGAAGCCAGAGUGUUGGAUGAUGAGGCAAAUGAAGGAGAUACAGAUGCCACGGACACCAAGAGGAAGGAAAAGCAAGAGGAGGAGGUUGACUAUGAGAGUGAGGAGGGUGAAGGGAGUGAGGAUGAAGAGCAAGAGGAGGGGAUGGAGGGAUCCGAGCAGCAGGUGGGCUCUGAGGAGCAGCCCGAAAAUGGGCCUGGCAAUGCUUCAUCAUCCAUACCAUCCAAGUCUUCCAGCAGCAAGGAGAAGGCUGAGGAUAUGCAGGACACCAUGAGAGUUUGCAGAGUGCUACAGAUCAGCAGCAGCAUCGAGUGCUACAAAUAUGACCAAGAAAACAGCCUGUGGUGUGAGGUCACCAUUGCUCUGCCGGUUAGCAAAGUGCACUUUGACUUCACGUCGCUGGUGGUAGCCCAGGCCCAGUCCGCAGUGAUCAUGGAAACCAAAGGCAUCACGCGUUGCUUACUAAAUGAGGUGACCACCAAAGCGGGCGCCAAGGAGCUGGUCCUGAAUACAGAGGGCAUCAAUAUGCAGGAGAUGUUUAGGCACAGUCAUAUUCUAGACCUGAAUCGUUUGUAUUCAAACGACAUCCAUGCCAUGGCCAGCACGUACGGCAUUGAAGUGGCACUGAGGGUCAUUGAGAAGGAGAUCAAAGAUGUGUUCGCUGUCUACGGUAUCGACGUAGACCCACGGCAUCUCUCUCUAGUGGCUGACUACAUGUGCUCUGAAGGAGUCUACAAACCUCUCAACCGGCUAGGCAUUCAGUCCAGCAGCUCCCCACUGCAGCAGAUGACCUUCGAGACCAGCUACAAGUUUUUGAAAGAAGCCACUAUGUUUGGCUCCUGUGAUAAGUUGAACUCGCCCUCUGCUUGCUUGGUCGUGGGGAAAGUUGUGAAAGGAGGAACUGGAAUCUUUGAACUGAAGCAGCCUUUACAGUGACCAUGAAGGAAGGGGACUUCUAGGUGCACACUGCUCCGCCUUGGAUGGGAAAACAAAACGCUGAAAUUAUACAAAACGACAAACUUAUUAAUAGUCCUUUAUUUAUUUUUCUGCAAUUCCAAAUUGUAUGGCUUGCCCUUCUGUCAGUGUAUAAAGUGUCACCUGUUUGUUUGUGCACACCAUUUUUUUAUGGUUAAAAUAAGCAGAUUGUGUGGCUUAGGAAUUUUGUAGAGGUUUCUCAUGAACAGUCCACUUUUCACCUUGUUUGUCACAAUAAAUCUCAAAUAUAUACCAAUA